CCGUUCGUCCGUGUGUGCGCACAGAUCUCUGAAAAUUCACUCCGUUAAAACCUCAAAAAAAAAAAAAAAAUCGAUUCCCAAAAAAUAAAAAAAAUAUCCCCAAUGCUCAUCAUCAAUAAAUCAUAAAAAUGGAACUGUGUUAUCCCCGAAUUACCCGGAUUUUCUUGAUCCUGUCAAUUUUCGGAGUGCUGAGAGCACAUGCCAGAACGUGGGAUCUAGCAGUGACGAUCGGUCGGGAGGUGAAUUUUUUUUCCUCCAACGGCACCCUGACAGGUCGACUGCUGAAUCCCGCCGCAGUUUCUCUAUCAGCAAUAGCCUACGAUCCGGAGUCCCACGAGAUGUACCUGGGGGACAUCCGAAACCGAAAUACCUCGAUCUUCUCAAAAAAUCUACAGGAAGAGACUAAAAUCUGGAGUCCACUUCUUCCAAACGUCAACUUCACGAAUAUAAUUGGAAUGGUUUACGACCCAGUGACCUCAUCCCUCUUCUACAUAGACUCGAUUCUCUCCUCGAUCCUCCGACUGAGAUUAACGAGUAAUAAAUCGACCAGGGACUUCAGCGAGAGCUCGUCCCCACCAGAAGUGAUCAUCGAUCUGGCAGAUAAGAGUCCCAGGAGUAUCACCCUGGACCUCUGCACAAGGACCCUCUACUGGACGAACAGCAAUCGCUCCUCACCAUCGAUAGAGUCCUCCGACCUCUCAGGAACCUCCAGGAAAACCAUAAUAAAUUCCAAUCUUUACGAUCCCCUGGCAGUGGCUGUGGACCACACAUCAGGAAAGCUUUACUGGCUCGACGACGAGGAGGGUAUCACCUACAAGGUAGAGAGAAGUAAUCUGGAUGGAACGCAGAGGGAACUUCUAGCUCACGGCAAACACCAGCAGCCAGUGCACCUCACCAUCGACGAGGAGUUUAUCUACUGGACUGACUGGGUCCACUCAGCCAUCUGGAGACUCAGCAAGACACCAUCACCUGGACGAGAACCUGAGGAAUGGAAGUCCUUUCUGGAGACGAAUCGAGACGCCGAUCCCAGAAGUCUAGUGGCCAGAGACAACCUGGGGCACGUAGAUUGCGUCGUCGUCGAGAGAAUGAGAGAAUCCAAGAGUGAGGCCAACUCUGAGGUCUACGAGGGUCUCAUAACCAGCACUGAGGACCUGGGGGAGGACAAAAAAGUGGAGAUCGUUUGCUUGAAUGGGGGACACCGCCAGGGUAACAGGUGCUCCUGUCAGAAGGGAUAUGAUGGCGUCCAAUGCGAAACUUCUGUCUGCCAUAAUUUCUGCGUCAGGGGAGAGUGCGAGGUGCAUGAGGGCAUACCCAGGUGCAGGUGCUCCUCCAGGUUCCGGGGGAGGAGGUGCGAGCAAGAUGUAUGUGUAGGAUUCUGCCUGAAUGGAGGAGAGUGCGAGAUCCAGGGUGGAGAACCUGUCUGCAGGUGUCAGGAUGCCACUGGAGUGAGGUGCCAGGAGAGGAUCGGAGGGGAUGGUAUCUGUGGACUCCUCUGCACAACCGGACUCCAGGAGUUCGGAGAUCUUGAUCGAAUCAUCUGCAGAUGUCUGGAGAGAAAUGUAACCGAAAAUUCACAAUGCAGCAUGUACAUAUACGGCGUACAGAACAAAACUCUAGUGAUAAUAUUGUCAGUGAUAAUUACUGUACUUACAACAUCAAUAAUUGUACUUAGCUAUUUCGUAAACAAAUUGCGACGAAGACCGAGAAUCAAGAAGCGUUUCGUCGUUAGCAAAAAUGGCAUAACUCCACUGACAUCUAGACCGCAAUUGCCAGGGAAUCAGUGUGAAAUUAUGAUUGAGGAUUGCUGCAACAUGAAUAUCUGUGAAACGCCCUGCUUUGAGCCAAAUCGUCGAAAUCCAGAGCCAAUAUGCAACAAAAAAGAGGAGAAAAAUUCUCUUCUGCUGGAUAUGGAAGGCAACAACUCGUGCUAGCAUCCAAUUCAUAAGAAUUCACAACUAUUCAUUCUCAUCAGGACAAUUUCGCUGUUACGAGACUGUUUAAUAUCUCACUUGUCUGCUAACUGAGUGGGUAAAUCAUGGAGAAAACAUUUAGUAUUAUUGUUAAGUUUGACAAUGACGAGAAAACGUCGCCAAAGGAAUAUUCUUGUUUUAAUUAACAAGAUUAUACUGAGAAAUACGAGGGACUACCAACGAACAAUCAUUCAUUUUACUCAUCAAUUCAAUUAUUUUGUUUUUAUAAGCCCAGAGAAGUUGUGAUCUGGUGCUGAUUUUUAGUUACCAAAGAGUAGAGAAAUGAUUCUGUUAUCAUUUAUUAUUAAUCAGUUGUUCAUUUAUCAUUGAUUUUAUUUAAUGGUCACUUCCACUGGAGAUUUAAUUAGAAUAAUUCAGCAGAAUGUUCGAGUUCAACAUAUCAUGACAUUUAUUACUGCCUACGUGUCCAAAGCUUCUGAGCCAAUGCCGGAAUAGGAAUUCAGAGCACAAAUUAAAAUGUUGAGAGGAACAAUACGAUUGAGGGAGGAAUUUAUUUUUUUUAAGUGGACAGUUGAGUUCAUUUACAAAAUAUCUCCGAAACUAAGGGAGAUUGUGAAAUUCUCGUAGGAAUCUUUUUUGGAGAGAUCAUUAAGAGCUGUAAAAAAGAUCAUUACAAAAAUUUUGCUAUCUCCCGUAGUUGCGGAGGUAUGAUCAUUAAUUUAUUUGAAUCAUAAAAAAUCGAAUGGAUAUCCACAGUUCGCUAGACUAAUGAAAAUCUCGAGAUCUAAGGAAGAUAGCGAAAGGUUUGUUAUCACCUUUUUUGUAGAGCUGAUUGAAUCCUACAAAAGAGGUGAUAAUGAAAAUUUCUCUGUCUCCCGUAUUUUUGAAGAUAUUGCCAGAAAACUCAGAGGAGUUCAAUUCGAGUUAUUUCGUUUUAUCGGUUAAUCAAGUUCGUCAUGCUGAAAUAAAAAUCUCCCUCGAUGCAGAACCCGAUACCGCAAACUGCCUGAUCACACUAUUUAAUGUCUUCAAACCAGUAAAUUGUUAACGUCGGCAGUAGCCGAGAACAAUGAUGAAGUAAAUCGUGACCUCAGCAUAAAAUAGUCGGCGGUUAGUGAGUACUAGCCAUUCCACGUGUAGAAAUCAUAUACGCUGAUACCUAAGGCUGAACCCAAGCGGUUUAUCUACAUAAAUGUAAAUAAAUACACAUAUGAAUAAUUAACUAACAAAACAAAACCACCAGCGCAGUAAAGAUUAAUUAAUAAUCAAAUCGCGUGGUGCAACGUGAAAACACUGAAUCUCUCAAAAUGAUCAUAAAUUAUAAUUUUUAUUCAAAUUUAGAAUGGGAGAUGAAUCGAUGAAGAAUCGAAAUAAUUUUCAUUAUUUAAAUUUUAGUUUAUAUUUUUUUUUCUGUGGUUCAUCCCUAAAUGAAGAGAAUAAUUUAAAAUUGAUUUCUAAUUCGAGAAAUUGUUUUAGUGUAUAAUUUAUCAGGAGUUGAAUCUGGAUUUUUGUUUUUUAAAUCAAUUUUUAGUGUUUAUUUAAAGAAUAUUCACAGGAGUUGUAUUUUUUUUUUUUUUUUGAGUGAAAUGUAGAAUUGUGGGGGAAAUUUUAGGGCUAUUUAUGGCUACAGAACCAACAAAUGCCUUACUGGGGUUUGUAAAUAAUAAAUUCUAGGCUUUCAGUAAGUGAGAUCAAUACUUAGGCAAUUGGUAACUUAAUCCAUUCAUCAGAACAAUCAUUUUCUGUCCAUUGAAAUAAAUUGAGGGGGAGCUCGAGGUU